UUCACUUUAUGAUCGUAAUAAAAUUGUAGGAAUGUCGGAGAUUCAUCUUCCGUUAGGAAAUCUGUCCAUUUCCGCCAGUACGUAAUUAUUUCACGACAUUAAUUGAGCCUAAAAUCGAAAGUCGAGUAGACGCGGAUAGUUAUAUCGGAGCAUCCUGUUCGAUCGUAUAAAUGAUUCAUAUCCACAACUAGCAUCGUGGAAAAAACGCGCUACAAAUCUCGCAUAAUUACAGAGACGUAUCGAUGUCUUCAAAUAUGUGGGCCAACACGGAGAAAAACCGCGUGAAAAAAAAUUAUUACUCUAACCAAAUUCUUAGACCGUCCGUCGUUCGUUUGAUUCACCAAACUGCGGUAAAAGUACGCGGAACUGGGGCAAAAUAAACCGGACGAAGAAGUCUACCUCAUUUACCGGUUAUCAUUCCACAAGAAUGUACACAAGUUAUGUGCUCAAAGGCGCUCUUUUUCUUACUGUGAUUUUCUGUUCGUUUUGUGCGGAUUGUGUCCAUGUGAGGCAGAACUGUACGGGCUGUAGGCCGGUUUCCGAAGAAAAAUCCAGAAGUUACUUUGCCGAUGAGGAUGGUCCAGAGGAAACUUUGGAAAAUGGAGGAAAUCACUAUACGGGAAGCACAGACAAUGACACCAUCCCGAAUAUACAGGACGGACCGGAGAACAACUGGGAGAUAAAACUGACAGAUACGACGGGCCUGUCGAUCAGAAAACACCAGGACGAACUGACCCUACAAAUCACCAAGUUAUCGGGCUCCGUAGAGGCGAGAAAGAAGAAGAUGAGCGUCAUGGACGUCAUACCGUACUUGAUCAUACCGGGAUUCAUAUCUGCAGGUAUCCUACCCUGGUUGAUACCUGGCAUGAAGAUCGCAGUCAUGGGCGUAGCGAUGAUCAAUCAGAUGGCCUUUACCUCCAGUCUAUUCUCUCUGAUACGAGGCUAUAUUUUCGAUACUAGUCAAGAGGACCAUAUCGUCUACGUCAAUCAUGGAUACGAGAAGUACAAGCAUCAGAAGCAUGGUCAUGGGCAUAGGUAG